CCGUCCCAGCCCCCGGCCUGCCGUGGAUCAUGCCGCCAAAGACGCCCCUCGCGGUCGGGAAACGGUAGCCCCGGACGGUUGGCUCUCGAGUUACACUGGUUCUCCCCGCCCCGCCGACCCCAGGGAGGAGCGCCAUCCCGCCGCGGUGUGCGGCUGGGACGUGAGCGAGCGGCGAAGUCGGCGCCGCCUGGGACGGGGGAGUGGAAGUUCCCGCCCCGGGCAGCGGCCAGGCGGCUCUGCAGUUGAUUAUGGAAGAUUCCCACAAGAGUAACUCUUCAGAGACUGCACCUCAGCCUGGUUCAGCAGUUCAGGGGACUCACAUUUCUCAGAUAGCUCAUCCGGGCAUAGAAAGCUGAAGACAGUCUUAUUCCUACCUAACACAAGAGUAUCAUCUUUAUCAGAAAGUGAGGAGUCUCAGGACUCAUCUGACAGCAUAGGCUCCUCACAGAAAGCUCACGGGAUCCUGGCCCGGCGACCAUCGUACAGUGAGAAAAGGCUGUUGACACAAGUGUCCGUGUGGGCAUCCACCCCAGCAAGGCUAUCACCAGCUGGACCAUGACUACAAAAAGAUCCCGAAAAGUGAAGUCAAGUCUCCGCAUGUAGGAGAGGAGAAGGGCAAAUACAAGGAAGACAUGAUUGUGACAAUGCAGGAGAGAGCCAUCAGCCCCUGGGUCGUCCUCUGAUGGCCACAUGUACACCAUGCAAUUCAGAAAAAAUAUUGAAAGACCUUUCUUCUGAAGAUACACGGGGAAGAAAAGGAGACGGAGAAAAUCCAGGCAUUUCUGCUGUUACUUCUAUGUCUGUUCCAACCCCCGUCUAUCAGACCAGCAGUGGACAGUACAUUGCCAUUGCCCCAAAUGGAGCCUUACAGUUGACCAGUCCAGGAGCAGAUGGAGUUCAGGGACUGCAGACAUUAACUAUGACAAAUUCCAGCAAUGCUCAACAAGGUACAAUCCUUCAGUAUGCACAGACUUCUGAUGGACAGCAAAUACUUGUCCCCAGCAACCAAGUGGUUGUGCAGACUGCAUCAGGAGAUAUGCAGACCUAUCAGAUCCGUACUACACCGUCUGCUACUUCUCUGCCACAGACUGUGGUGAUGACUUCUCCUGUGACCCUUACAUCUCAGGCAACAAAGACAGAUGACCCCCAGCUGAAAAGGGAAAUACGGCUGAUGAAAAACAGGGAAGCUGCGCGAGAAUGCCGCAGGAAGAAGAAGGAAUACGUGAAAUGCCUGGAGAACCGCGUUGCUGUUCUGGAAAACCAAAAUAAAACUCUAAUAGAAGAGCUGAAAACUUUGAAGGAUCUUUAUUCUCAUAAAAGUGUUUGACUCUUUAAAGAGAAAGUAUUUUUAUGGACUUGCUUAAAAAUUAGAUUUCUUUUUAGUGGAGUUUUAUAAAUUCAAAGGUCAAAGAAGCUACUUUGUAUUAGGUUUUUACAAUGCAAAGGUGACGGGGUGAGUGGAGAUGACCGUAACAAAGCUGCUGGUACAACUGGAAGCUCCGGGGGAAAUGUACUCAAGGAAACGGACUUUGGCAAUUUAAUUUUAAAUAACAGCCCAACCAAAAGUGGCAGAUGCAUUGAUAAAGCAAUCAGUUCCAAGUUUGUAUUUCUGUUUCCUAAGAUUGCCUUUUUGUGUGUGAGUUUGUGAUUCCUACCAAUAAAUUCUAAAUGACAAAUGUAAAAGAAACCAUAAUACGUUACUAAGUAUGUAAAUUAUGUGGUCUGAUUGCUACUUGUCACAGUGUCGGGUGUGUUAAAUGAGUUUUGACAGUUGGUUUUGUUGGACUUGAGGGUUUUUGAGAAGUGUUCUAACAGGCGCAGGGCACACUAUCUGAGUGUGGUGAUUUGUAACAUUUUUAUAAGAAUGGAAAGAGAACUGUCUUGAAAAUUUGACAUUUUUAAAUAGCUUAUUUUUUGCUUCCGGUAAGGGCAAUUUUUCACAAGGAUAUAAUAAUUUUUUUGAUUCUCUAAUCCUGUAUGCAGUUGAAGAGCAUUACUCUUUGUGCUUUAACAGAAUGAAGUGUUUACAGAAGCCCUUAAAAUAUUUUAAAUAACCUAAAGUUGCACGCCAAAGCUUCCCGAAAGUUUGUAAUCAUCUUCCGUAGGUUUGUCAGGUUCUAAAAUAGUUAUUGAGGCAAUUCUACGUUGACCUAUUUUGUAAUGUAGCCAAUGGUACCUUUAUAAGAGAGUGACUGCCGAUAUAUUUUUAUAGUGAAUCUUUAUAAAUUCUAAUGUUGAGUUUUUAAUGAUUAUUUUAAAUGUUUAUAUAGUUUUAGUAAAAAAAUUUGUAUCUCAAAUUAUCAUUUUUAUAUUAUGAGAAGAGUAAAGUUUUCAAUUGGCUGAUAUUUGAAUUGUACUUUUUCUAUGAAGUUUAUCUAAAGUUGAAGCUGUGGUCAGGACACCAGUGUUUAACCUCUGUAUUCUAAUCUGUAUACACUUUGAAACUGUUGUGUGCCUAUAUGGUAUGUUUCAUAUUGUCUAUGGAAUUAAAAAAAACAUUUGAUAA